AUGUACUGGUGGCCGCGAUUAGUACUGGUACUGGUGUUGUCGGCCUCUUUCGACCGUUUAUCGAUAGCGCAGGAGCUAAAUUCUCGACUCUUAUUGUAUUUCCCCCGAUCUAAAUAUUUCUGUGUCGGUCCAGAAGUCGCCUACUGGAAAAUCAGUGGUCGAGUCGAGAUAUACACCGUAAUAAACGAAGAUGCGCGCAGAGGAUUAGGUAUCUUAUCUGGUUAUGAGAACGUUAAAGCCGGCUUAAAUUGCAGUUAUGCAGUAAUUAAGGUGAUGGAGAUAGCUAAAGAAUUGGGCCCGGGG